CUGCGCACGCGCACGCGUUGUGGGGGCCGCCCCAGCCGCCGGCGCCCCCACCGCAGCUCUAUGUUCUCUCUCUAGAGCUUUGCCGUUGGGGGCAGCUGCUGAGGUCCUGUGGCUCCGCCCGCUCGGCGCAGCAGCGACAUGGAGGAAUUCGACUCAGAAGACUUCUCCACCUCGGAGGAGGACGAGGACUACGUGCCGUCGGGUGGAGAGUAUAGUGAAGAUGAUGUAAAUGAAUUAGUGAAGGAAGAUGAAGUGGAUGGUGAAGAGCAGACACAGAAAACCAAAGGGAAAAAAAGAAAGGCUCAGAGCAUUCCGGCCAGGAAGAGAAAACAAGGUGGCCUCUCCUUAGAAGAAGAGGAUGAGGAAGAUGCUAACGAGGACUCGGAGGGAAGUAGCAGUGAGGAGGAAGAAGACGCAGCUGCAGAGCAGGAAAAGGGCAUUGGGGCAGAUGAUGCAAGGAAGAAGAAGGAGGAUGAACUGUGGGCCAGCUUCCUCAAUGAUGUAGGACCAAAGCCAAAAGUGCCCCCAAAUACACAAGUUAAAAGUGGAGAGAAGACUGAGGAGACAGGUUCAAGUAAAUUGUUGGUCAGAGCAGAAGAGCUGGAGAAACCUAAAGAAACUGAAAAAGUUAAAAUCACCAAGGUGUUUGAUUUUGCUGGUGAAGAAGUCAGGGUGACUAAGGAAGUGGAUGCCACGUCUAAAGAAGCCAAAUCUUUCUUCAAGCAAAACGAGAAAGAGAAGCCACAGGCUGCUGGCCCUGCAGCUGUGCCGCCGCUCCCUGUGGGGUCCGGGUUAAAAAGAUCAAGUGGCAUGACCACCCUUUUGGGGAAAAUUGGAGCCAAGAAGCAGAAGAUGAGCACCCUAGAGAAGUCCAAAUUGGACUGGGAGAGCUUCAAGGAGGAAGAGGGCAUUGGUGAAGAACUAGCCAUCCAUAAUCGAGGGAAGGAAGGGUACAUUGAACGGAAGGCUUUUCUAGACCGAGUGGACCACAGGCAGUUUGAAAUCGAGCGAGAUCUCAGGCUGAGCAAAAUGAAACCCUGAUGUUAUAGGGGGAAAUCAGCAGCAGCUUAAUCCUGUUUACAAUGUGAGCUUCUUGUGGGUCUGUGAAAUGUUUCCGGUGUUUCUCAUCAGCUGUUUCCCAGCCAGGUCUUUUUUACGUUGAAUUCUCUCUUUGUAUCUUGACCUCACGUGAUUUCAUUCAUUUUACUUUUAAAAGUUUGUCCUUAAAAAAUAAAAAAUAAAGGUUAGUCCUACAAGAGGCUGGUGAAAAGGAAGGCCCCACUGGCUUUUCCUUGACUCUGCAGUGAAGGCCACAGGGAAGCCCCAGGCCUGCCUGGGCUGGCCCUGGGGGACAGAGCUGACCAGCCUGGGUAUGAAUUUCUGGGCCCUUUCUGAAGUCAGCCCUGCCCCAGAGCCCGAGGGAGGCUCACCUGUGGGGAGCGGGGGGCGGAGCGGGGGAGGCCAGGUCCCUGGGCAGUUUUGUUCUUGUUCUGCUGGUGCUUCUCUCCCGAUCUCUUCCCCUUUCCUGAACGAGAUUUCUAUUUCCCGGUGUAAGCUCAGGCUGAAAGUAAGCACAGGCUACUGCUGAAUUCGGGAGGGUUUCCUCCUUUGGCUUUUCUCCUCUUCCCAGAGUUCAAAUCAGUUUAAGAUGUGAUCCCAUCUCAGUAAUUCCUUUUUUUGUUUGUCAAAGAAGACUCCGAAAGACUUUCUUUUUUAUACUCCUUUGGAAAUUUUAAAUUCCAAACUUCAUAGUAAUAAAGCAGUAAACCCCACAACUUGC